CGUAGAGAAGAUUGUGCAAGAAAGCAAAUUGCAGUUUUAGUUGCGUUUAAUCCCUGGACAAGUACAGGCCUGCAUUUGGCUGACUGUCUUCUUAUACAUUUCCGGAUUUUUGCUCAGUGCCUGUUUCCCCCCGCCAUGCAACUGGAGAGGAGAGAUGAAUCUCCAACUGGAGAUAGCACAGAGUUUACUCUUCGUUGGCAUCAUCACGACGUCAAGUUGGCCGAUACGAUGACUCGCGCUUGGGAGAAGAAACUCUUUUUGGACGUGACUUUAGCCAGCGGACACAGGACCAUCGGCGCCCAUCGACUCGUUUUGUGUGCCUGCUCUGCCCUGCUAGAGAAUCUGCUCACUUCACCGGCCCAUUCGCCCGUCCAAUCCCACACAAAUCCUAUGCUCUAUUUCAACGAUAUCGACUUUGAGGAUUUGGAAGUGCUGGUUGAAUUCAUGUACCGUGGAAGUAUGACUGUCACGUAUCAAACGUUGCCGGGUAUCAUUAAUGCGGCGAGAAUUUUGCAAAUUCGCGGCCUUAAUCGAGAUAUUGAUGAACCGGUUGAUUCGCCACCGGAAUCGAGUGGAUGCAGCGAACCGCCUGUAACGGAGCCGAUUGGCGAACCGACACGUAAACGAAUGAAGAAAGAGGAAGACAUUCCUCGACACGUUGAAAAAGAAGAACCUGCAGAUUCAGAUCAUGAGGAAAUUCAAACACAUGGCACUAUGAUGGAUCAUCCAAAUUUUGAAGAACAAAAACAACAACAAUUGGCUGCUUUUCUGUCGGUUUUGGCCCAGCAAACACCACUUAAUCCAUCGACUAAACAGCCUUCAUCAAGUGGACCAAGUCCAGCAUUACGGUCAAGGCUGGUCUGGGAUCCAGCUCACAUUGUCUACCUGGAGAGUUGGUACGGAAGAGAGACGAGAUACCCCAAUCUAGCUCAGUGUCAAGCCUAUGCCAAUCAACUCUCUACAGUGCCGCAAACAGAUCAAAGUGGCAAAUCACGAACGUCCAUGUCAGUCACGGCUCAGAACGUGUCUCAUUGGUUCCAGAACAGGCGUCGUAAAGAUACACAUCCAGAGAUCGAAGAGAAACGUGUGAAACGCAGUCAGACUCGUCGGAGUAAAUCGAUGAAAACCAAUGCUGGUGGCAAUCCGCUGGAUUUAACACAACCCAGCGUUCCAUCUCAACGAAACAAACCGACAACGCCGCACAGUCGUUCACCACAAGAACAAUCGCAUCACGAACACGAAGAUCGAGAUUCAGACGAAGAACCCGGGCUGUGCAUUGCGGAACAGGCUCACACGAAUUCGUACAAUAGCGACACGGAGAACGAUCAUCCGGCACCCAUCCAUCAUCCGCAAUAUCAGGUUUAAUUUUGUGAAAUUUACUUGUAAAAAAAAUCGUUCCUUCAAAUAAUUUUUUUCCUGGUCCUAACCCUCUAU